AUGAAGCGAUUUCUCAUUGCCGCUUCGGCGGUCGUGGCUACGGCCAACCCACAUCUACAUAAACAUCGACAUCUUCACGAGCACGCUGCGAGAGCUGCGGCCACAGUCACCGACAUUGUGGCCACAAAAAUCGUCUUCGAAGCCCUGGGCACGCCGUUGUCGCAAGACGAGGCCUGCUCAAAGGUCGCGGCAGGUCUGCUUACGUGGAAAAACUCCGCCGACGCAACUGUAUGCUCUCAGCCCGCGCAAACGUCGGCACCACCACCACCACCUCCUCCACCAGCGUCUUCAUCGUCAAGUCCGUCUGCAGGUGCCGGACAGUUCUUCAACAGCCCGCCAGCAGUUGGUGCUCCAGCUGCUGCACCAAGUGGCGGAGCCUGGACGGACUCCAGUGUGACAGGUCUUAACGCCGACUUUCCGGACGGAACACUCGACUGCGGCACCUUCCCGUCGGCCUACGGCGCCAUGCCCGUUCCAUAUAUGGGCAUGAACGGUUGGAUCGGGCUGCAAGACGUGGGCGCGGGUGUGUCAGGCGCCGCGAUAAACACGAUUCACACUUUACUGGCAGGCGAUAAUUGCCGCGAAGCGUCAUGUGCUCCUGGCCAGUCUGUCGGCGGUCUUGCUUGCAGUGGCGGCAAGCUGCGCCUCACGAACACCAGCACGAAGAAACUCUGUGAUGCCGGUAUGGGAGGCGUUCAGGCGCAGAACCAAGCCAGCGGUGUCGUGGCCAUUUGCCGCACUGACUAUCCCGGUACCGAGGCCGAGACAGUGCCCAUGUCCCUUCAGCCGGGCUCCACACAACCGAUGAACAAUCCGAACGGUGCUACCGGCUAUCAGUGGCAAGGCAAGUCAACAAGUGCACAAUACUAUCUCAACCCCAUCGGCACUUCUGCAGAAAAUGGUUGCAAAUGGGGUGAUGGCAGCCAGCCGAUCGGCAAUUGGGCGCCCAUCAAUCUAGGCGUUGGCUUUAGUGAUGGCAAAACGUGGCUGUCGAUAUUUCAGAACAAGCCUACACAGCUGGCGCCGUAUCAGGGCAAGGUCCAGAUCACAGGCGAUAUAGGUAAUCAGGUGUGCUCCUACGAAAAUGGAGUGUACACAGGUGUGUCAGGAUCGAACGGGGAUGGUUGUACGGUCGCUGUCAACGCUGGAGGUUCCGCGACAUAUGUCAUCUCGAACUAG